AUGGCCCAACAAAUUGAGGUUACGGGUCGUCUAUUAGGCGGUACGUCAUCUAUUAAUUCAAUGUCAUAUAAUAGAGGUAAUCGUAAAUACUAUGAUAUGAUUGCCUCAAAAUACGGUGCCAUUGGUUGGGAUUACGCGAGUGUUUUGCCAGUAUUUAAACUAAUGGAAAACAAUACCGACCCCCGGGUUAGCGAUCAGUAUCACGGCCGACAGGGACCGGUACGAGUGUCUACAUUUGAUCAGGUAUUACCUAUAUAUGAAAAACUAGCUGAGGCUGCCCGUGAAUGGGGACUGGACUAUACGGAUAUCAAUGGCGCAAAUCAAACAGGGUUUACAAUUAUGCAGUCGACCAGUAGCCAUGGUCUACGAUCAUCGACUAUGAAUGCCUAUUUGGAAAGUGGUUUGUGUCCCCGAUUGACUAUAGUUACCGGAGCACUGGUAUCUAAAAUUAUAAUCAAACGUAGUAAUCCAAUUGAUAACCAACAACCUCCCCGUGCACUGGGAGUCAAGUUUAUUAAGUCUAAUCGUACUUAUCAUGUAUGGGCUAAACGUGAGGUCAUAGUAUCGGCAGGUACAAUAGCCAGUCCACAGUUGCUUAUGCUAUCGGGUAUAGGACCGGCCCGGCAUCUCCAGGACACUGGCGGCAGUAUCGGGGAAGUGUAUGUCGAUCUGCCCGGUGUUGGCCAAAACUAUUUGAAUCAUGUGGCCGUGUUUCUAGAUUUCCCGAUACGUCCAUCAUCAUCAUCAUCAUCAUCAUCAUCAUCAACUACUAGCAAUGAUUUGAUUGCUACCUGGCCAUCAGUGUCUAACCUUCAACAAUUGUAUCAGGCAACUGUCCAGGGUAGGGGUCCACUAGCCAGACGACAAUAUGCCAUAAUGUAUUGGUCGUCAACCCAUACCCCACCACCAGCAUCACCAGCACCACCUGCAUCACCAUCAGUUCAAACCGAUUAUCCAGAUAUCUAUGUUGUCGGUACGGUUAGCCCAUAUAGUGGUCUGUCUGCCGAUGAUGAUGAUGAUGAGGGCAAAAAUAUAAUAAACCUAUACGUUGCACUAGUACGACCAGUUAGCUCGGAGGGUACAGUUAGACAAAACACAAGUCGUAUAUGGGAUCAACCUAUUGUCGAUCCAAAAUCAUUAGUGGCUGAAUCGGAUCGCCUGAGGCUCCGGCAGGCAAUUGUCCGGGCGUUUCGUUUUGUCGAAACUACUAGUUUCCAGAAAUAUGUUAGUAUACCGACUAAACCGAAACAAAAUUGCCAGUACUGUACCACUGGUCCUGUCUACCAGUGCUGGAGUUAUAUUGAUUGUUUGAUCCGUGAAUGGGCCGGUACUCAUGCUCAUCCAAUGGGUACCUGUCGUAUGGGUGACCCCGGGCGCAGGGAUACUGUAGUCGACCCGCGAUUGCGUGUCAAAGGUAUCCGAGGUUUGCGUGUUUGCGAUGCGUCCGUCUAUCCCGAGAUAGUCAAUGCCAAUACAAAUGCGGCGGCAAUGUUGGCCGGGGAGAUGGCCGCCCGAUUCAUACAUGAAGAUAAUCAAUAG